AUGUCGGCCUCCCUGCCAGGCAAUCGUGAGCUGCCCGAGUCGCAAUACGAUCUGGAUACUUAUUGGGGGCGCGUCAAGCAGACCGCUGGUAUCACAGACCCAAGGACUCUCUUUGCUGGAAAGAAUGGCCUUGAGCAUGCGAAGAAGCUGGUGGUGGCGUAUAAGCAAGGGGAAAUCCACGAGAUGACGCCGGAGCUGUGGAAGGCGAAGAAGAUAGUCGACUCUACAUUACACCCAGAUACGGGAGAGCCCGUCUUGCUCCCCUUCAGAAUGUCCUGCUUCGCGCUGUCGAACCUGGUCGUCACGGCAGGCAUGCUGACACCAGGUCUGAAGACUACCGGCACGAUCCUCUGGCAAGUAGCCAACCAAUCCCUCAAUGUCGCCAUCAAUAACGCAAACGCGAACAAGUCCACGCCGCUCUCAUACUCGAAAAUGGCCCAAUCCUACUUCCUCGCCGUGGGCGCCUCAUGCUCGGUAGCCGUAGGGCUAAACUCGCUCGUACCGCGCCUGAAGCGCGUCUCGCCCUCCACGAAGCUGGUACUCGGCCGCCUCGUGCCCUUCGCGGCCGUCGCGUCCGCCGGUGCCCUCAACGUGUUCCUCAUGCGCGGCGAGGAGAUGCGCACCGGCAUCGACGUAUACCCAGUGUUGUCGGAAAAGGACAGGGCGCGGCUGGCGGCCGAGGGCAGGGCCGAGAACGACGUGCCGAGUCUGGGCAAGAGCAAGAAGGCAGCGAAGUUGGCGGUUAGCGAGACGGCGCUCAGCCGCGUGCUGAACAGCACGCCCAUCAUGGUGGUGCCGCCGCUGAUCCUCGUGCGUCUGCAGCGCACCGAGUGGUUGAAGGGGAAUCCGCGCUUCACGCUGCCUGUCAAUCUGGGUCUCAUCCUCGGCAUGAGCUACAUCGCGCUGCCGCUUGCCCUCGCCGCGUUCCCGCAACGCCAGCGUAUCAGCGCUGGUAGUCUCGAGGAAGAGUUCCGCGGUCGGGGUGGCGAUGGCGGCAUGGUUGUAUUUAAUCGCGGUAUCUAG